AUGACUCAUGAACUUUACGAGUUGAUUAAUUUCAUUAAUUGGUACACCUUGCAGAUUUCCUUGCUGGCUCUAUCAUUAUGGAGUUUUCACUUCGCUAGUCUGUGCUCAUUUGGAUUGCUUGCUUAUGUGGGAUACAUCUUGUAUGCCUUCCCUUCCAUGUUGCGGUUGCAGCAUUUAAAUGGCAUGCUUCUUGUUUUUAUUCUGUUUUGGGUAUCUAGCACGUAUAUCUUCAAUGUAGCAUUCGCUUUCUCCAAUAACAAAUCAUGGAAGGAUAUGGAGAUAUGGGAAACUAUAGGCUUGUGGCAUUACCCUAUCCCAGGAUACUAUUUGCUUGCCCAAUUUGGUCUUGGUUUUCUUGUUGCUAUGUGUAAUCUUGUGAACAGUUCAGUGUUAUUGUGCAUUACUGAUCAAGAACAAUUAACAGCUGAUGAAUCUGUUGUGGAAGGCCUGCUUAAUCAUAUCCAUUCAGUGGAUUUCUUCCAAAUAUCAGUUCUCGCUUGCUUCUGUGCAAUUCACAAUCAUGGGCUGCAAACACUCCUUUCAUUUUCAGCUAUUGUACGGCAAACAUCUUGCCCUCCAGUUGGCUUUAGCAUCUUGAGAGCUUUCUUGAUCAAACCAGUUCGUUUAUCAGGUUAUAGUCCAAGAUCUAGUGAGAGCCAGGGAACUCAUGAGAGGAAGACUAUAUCAUAUCUGGAGGUCAUAAGACAGAAUUUCCUUUCCAUUUAUCGGUUAUGUGGCAAAUACAUUGCCUUCCUAACAAUUCUCUUCAAUGUAUACCUUUGCACGCCCAACUAUGCUUCAUUUGGUUACUUAUUCUUUCUUCUACUGUGGAUUAUUGGAAGACAACUUGUAGGGAAAACAAGAAAGCAUCUUUGGUAUCCUAUGAAAGUGUAUGCUAUAGUGGUGUUUGUCUCCAUUUACAGCAUUGGCGCCUUUUCCAGCUCUGAGAUUUGGUUUCCCAGGAUCAUUGAUCUUCAAACUGCGCUUGGUUAUAACCCAGCAUCUUCAAUGUUGCAAAACAUUUGGGGAUCUUUGGCUGUAUUGGUAGUGAUGCAGCUAUAUAGCUAUGAAAGGAGGCAAAGCAAAAGAUCUGGAUCAAGUGACUAUGAUGCACCAGAAAUAAGACCUCUUGCUUUUGCCAGAUGUCUUUUGGUCCGGCAUGCCGAGAAAAUACUAUAUCUUGCCCUAUUUUAUGCAUCCUUAUCACCUAUAAGUGCAUUUGGUUUCCUGUAUCUUCUCGGUUUAAUUAAUUGUUCAAGAUUACCAAAGUUGUCUCAGAUUCUUGCAAAAGUAUUCCUAGUUUAUUCAGGACUUCUUAUAAUGGCUGAAUAUCUUUUCCAGAUGUGGGGAGAUCAGGCUGAGAUGUUCCCUGGUCAAAAGCACUUCCAGUUAUCUUUAUUUAUGGGUUUACAGUUGUAUAAACCUGGUUUUAAAGGUUUGGAGUCAGGUUUAAGGGGAAAGGUUGUAGUUAUUGUGGCAUGUAUACUUCAAUACAAUGUUUUUCAUUGGAUGGAGAAAAGGCAUGUUUAUGGAAAUGGAGGAAAAUGGAAUGAGCCUUGUCCUCUAUUCAAUCCAAUAGAAGUUCCUAAUGAAACUACUGCCUGUACCCCACAAAGCAAACAAUUAGAAAAUGCAACUUCAGCAACAUUUAAAAGAGGUGGAAGAAAUCAUUCAAUGCCAACUGUUAAUUCUGCAUUAUCACAAGGGCCAGGUUCAGGGCCCGAAAGAGAGAGUGCCAAAGAAAUUAGACAUUUUCAUUUCUGGGAGAGUUCCAAGGAUAGCUUGAAGUGGAAUAGAAAGCGGAUUCUUUUCUUGAGAAAAGAGAGGAUGGAGAUGCAGAAGACUGUUUUAAAAGUAUCUUUGAAGUUCUGGAUGGAAAAUAUGUUCAAUUUAUUUGGUCUUGAAAUCAACAUGCUUGCUUUGCUUCUUGCUAGUUUUGCGGUAUUGAAUGCCAUCUCUUUGCUCUAUAUAGCGUCACUUGCUGCUUGUGUUCUUCUUCAUCGGCUAAUUAUUAAAAAACUAUGGCCUAUUUUUGUUAUGCUAUUUGCUUCCAUCAUUGUUAUUGAAUACUUGGCUAUUUGGAUGCGCCUCACUUUUACGAACCAACAAAUUGAAGAACAAGUACCAUGCCAUGACUGCUGGAGAGUAUCAAAUAUAUAUUUUAGCGACUGCAAAAAAUGUUGGCUAGGAAUUAUUGUCGAUGACCCUCGUAUGCUUAUUUGGUAUUAUGGGGUUUUCAUGUUUUCAUGUUUCAAAUUCCGUGCUGACCAGUCUUCUUGUCUCACUGGACUAGAGGUGUAUAAAAAAAUACUCUCUCAAUGGAACUCUGCUUCUGUACUAAAUGAUCUUUCAUUUGAAACAAAAGGAUACUGGACAUUCAUCGACCACCUGAGGCUUUAUAGUUACUGUCACUUGCUAGAUUUUGUUCUUUCAUUGAUUUUGAUUACAGGAACUCUUGAAUAUGAUAUUCUGCAUCUUGGCUAUCUUGGUUUUGCUCUGGUUUUCUUCCGAAUGAGGCUAAAAAUACUAAAGCAGGGAAAUAAAAUAUUUAGAUUCUUAAGGAUGUACAAUUUUGUCCUUAUUGUCAUGUCUCUUGCAUAUCAAUCUCCUUUUGUUGGAGACUUCAGUGAUAUCAAACAUGGUUCAAUAGAAUCCAUGAAAGAAUUGGUUGGAUUCCACAAGUAUGAUUAUGGAUUUCGAAUUACAUCUAGAUCAGCAUUUGUGGAAAUCAUAAUAUUUGUGUUAGUAGCACUACAGUCAUACAUGUUUUCAUUUUCAGAGUUUGAUUAUGUUUCAAAAUAUCUCGAGAAAGAGCAGAUUGGGGCGAUACUUAGACAGCAGGAGAAGAAAUCUGCUUGGAAGAUAGCUCAGUUGCGGCAUAUACGUAAAGCUGAAGAGUUGAAGCAUCUCCGAAGCUUGCAGGUAGAAAAGAUGAAAUCAGAGAUGCUAAAUCUUCAAAAUCAGCUUCAUAAUAUGAGCACUGAAGCAAAUUGUAGUAAUGCACACCUAGAUUUGCAUGAGGAAAAUGGAUCCAGGAAGCAAGAUCGUGAUAUAACUACUGAGUCAAUAGGCCCAUUUGAUGGGAACCAAUUUCUACUGAGUGAAAAAUCAAAAAGUCCAUUGGUACCACAAUACCGGAAGUAUCCAAAGGAUUCUUUGCAUGAAAUUGUGGAGUUAAAGGAAAGAACUAAAAAUAAUGAUGUUUUGGAUUUAGAAAUAAGAAAUCGUUAUAAACUUCCAGCCAGGAAAAAUGCUUUAGUUUCAGCUAUACAUUUCAUAGGGAAUGGAGUAUAUCAGGUGCAGUCGCUUGGAAAUAUGGCAGUUAAUAAUCUAAUGAACUAUCUGAAGAUAGAACAUGGAGAACUAGAGUCAACUGAAGAUUCUUCAGAGGAUGAGGAGUACUAUGAGAUUGAAAUUGAGAAUCAGAAUAUGGGUGCCGAACCUCUGGAACCUACAAUUUCCACACACUCUAUUCAUGAGCAUACUGUGCCUGAUACUGCUUUCCUCCAAAUUGGAAUUAUUUUACGUUACAUGUGGUCCCGAAUGAGGUCAAAUAAUGAUGUUGUUUGCUAUUGCUGCUUUAUUCUAAUAUAUCUAUGGUACUUCAGUUUGCUUUCUGUGGUCUAUCUAGCAGCACUCUUCUUAUAUGCUCUCUGUCAAAAUACUGGUCCCAGUUACAUAUUUUGGGUUAUUAUGCUAAUCUAUACGGAGGUGUGCAUUUUGCUUCAGUAUUUGUAUCAAAUCAUCAUUCAACACACUGAGUUUGCAUUCCAUGACAGCUUACUUCAAAAAUUAGGAUUUCCUGCAAAGAAAAUAACAUCGUCUUUUGUGACAAGCAACUUACCAUUCUUCCUGGUAUAUAUAUUCACUCUCUUGCAAAUCUCCAUAACUGUGAAGGAUGGGGGUUGGAUAGUUACUGCAGAUCUCAGCCUUUAUAAGAGAAGAAAUCAGAGCUACACAGAGGAUUUAAAGUGCUCCACCUACCAAGAGAGAUUACAGAGAUUAUUUAUACCACUGAAAAAUAUACUGAAACUGUUGAUCAGAAGCCUCUGUAGGUACUGGAAAUCAUUGACAUGGGAAGCAGAAACUCCCCCUUACUUUGUUCAGCUGUCUAUGGAAGUUAACUCAUGGCCAAAAGAGGGAAUUCAGCCAAAGAAAAUUGAAUCAAGAAUAAAUAAGUUGCUGAAGAUCUUGCAUAAGAGAAGAUGCAAAGAGGAGAACCAUUUUAAGUUGCACUCAGCAAGUAGGGUUCGUGUACAGAGCAUUGAAAAAGGUGAAGAAAAGGAAAACUUGUGUCUUGUUGUUUUUGAGGUGUUAUAUGCCUCCCCUCCAAUUGAAUUUGCUGCUGAAGAAUGGUACAGUUCAUUAACUCCAGCGGGAGAUGUAUCCAAUGAGAUUCAGAAAGCUCAACAUGCUGGUAUUUUUAAACAAAUUGGGUUUCCAUAUCGCAUACUUUCCGUCAUUGGUGGUGGAAAAAAGGAAAUUGAUCUGUAUGCCUACAUCUUUGGAGCUGAUUUGGCUGUUUUCUUCUUAAUUUCCAUUUUUUAUGAAUCGGUCAUGAAAGCUAACAGUGAGUUUCUUGAAGUCUAUCAGCUUGAAGAUCAAUUCCCAGAAGAUUUUGUAUUAGUUCUCAUGGUUGUCUUUUUCUUGAUCGUGCUUGAUCGAAUUAUAUACCUCUGCUCAUUUGCACCAGGAAAAGUUAUUUUCUAUUUAUUCAACCUUAUUCUGUUCACAUAUUCAGUCACAAAAUAUGCCUGGGACAUAGAUCCUUUGCACAGAUAUUCUGGAAGACUAGCACUGCGUGCCAUUUAUCUCACAAAAGCAAUUUCUCUGGUUUUGCAAGCCAUACAACUUCAUUUUGGGAUUCCACACAAGAGCACUUUGUACAGGCAGUUUUUGACAAGUAGUGUUUCUCGAAUUAAUGUUUUGGGUUUUCGACUAUAUCGUGCUAUACCUUUUCUUUAUGAAUUGAGAUGCGUGCUAGAUUGGUCUUGCACAACAACAUCUUUGACUAUGUAUGACUGGCUGAAGUUGGAAGAUAUUCAUGCAAGUCUGUUUCUUGUCAAAUGUGAUGUGGAUUUGAAUAGAGCCAGGCACCAACAAGGACAAAAGCAAACAAAAACGACAAAGUUCUGCAAUGGGAUAUGUUUAUUUUUUGUGUUACUGUGUGUCAUGUGGGCUCCAAUGCUGAUGUAUAGCAGUGGUAACCCAACAAAUAUUGCGAACCCAAUCAAAGAUGCAAGUGCUCGGGUUGAUAUAAAGACAUCAAGUGGAAGGUUGACAUUGUUUGAGACUACUUUGUGCGAAAAGAUAUCUUGGGAAAAGCUUGAAGCACGCAAAAGUUUGGAUCCCCUGGGUUAUCUUAGAGCAUACAAUGAGAAAGACAUUCAAUUAAUUUGUUGCCAAUCAGAGGCAAGUACAUUGUGGCUUGUUCCGCCAAUUGUGCAGGCCAGAUUUAUAAAGUCCCUUAGGUGGAACAUGGACAUUACUUUCUCCUGGGAAUUUAUCAGAGAUAGGCCUAAAGGAAAGGAAGCAGUAAAGUAUGAACUAACCAUACUGGAGCAGGAUCUUCCCAAAUCUUCAGAAGUGACUAAAGUUUUCAAUGGUAGUUCAAAUAGUUUCACUGUAUUCAAUAUUUACCCGAGAUAUUUUCGGGUCACGGGCUCUGGAGAUGUGCGGUCCCUUGAACAGUCGGUGGAGCUUGUCAGUGGGGAUCUUGUUCUUAACCGUGGAGAUCCAGAGUGGUGGUCCUUUUAUGAUUUGGGCAUCUUAGGUUCACAUGGAUGUGGGAAGUUCCCAGGACCUAUGGCUAUAAUUGUAUCUGAAGAAACCCCACAGGGCAUUAUUGGUGACACUCUGAGCAAGUUCAGCAUCUGGGGUUUAUACAUUACCUUCGUGCUAGCAGUUGGACGUUUUAUCAGAUUACAAUGUUCUGACUUGCGAAUGAGAAUUCCUUUUGAGAAUCUUCCUUCUUGUGACAGAUUGAUGGCAAUAUGUGAAGACAUAUAUGCUGCAAGAGCUGCUGGAGAGCUUGAAGUGGAAGAGGUUUUGUAUUGGACUCUGGUUAAAAUCUACCGUUCUCCACACAUGCUGUUAGAGUAUACUCAGACUGAAUAAAUACUUCAAAGGGUUGGAAGAUUUGCAGUCUCCUACUGCGUGCGUGAGUCAUUGCAGACAAUUGAGCAUGGCCCAAUUCUUCGAUGGAAACGCAAAGCAGGAAGAGGAAGACCAACCACGUGUAAAGGCUGCUCAAUUAUAUGAAUCUCGAGUGUAUGAAGCCACUCAAACAAUCAAGAUUUUACUCGAGGAUUCUAUUGGUGUGGUUUACUGGUUUUGAUUCUGGGCUGUUCAAGAAUAGGUCGACCUAGUAUACACACAGCUGGUAAAGAUUACUCAAAAUUUUAGUGAUUCCUAGUCUACCUUGUCCUUACAUUAAUAAAUGCUGAGAACACAUAUUUUUAAUAUAUUUUUUUUAUUGAUUGAAAUUUAUUAAAAAUCAUAAAUUUAUUAAAA